AUGUCGCGGACCUACACCCUCAUUUACGAUACCCUGGAGGAGAACGGCAUUUCAGCGGGCGAGGAGUUCCUCGAGUGGCCUAUUGAGAAGCUCCACCAUGAUGCGUCCACCCUUGGACUUAAUUGUGGACGAAGAGGGCAACUGCGACAUGAGCAAGAACCACUGGGCGAUUGCUGUGGAGACUGCCCAUGGACAAAUCCGAUACAUCGGCAACUUUCUGCAUCAGGCGAUACUCUUGGGUUGGAACAAGUACAAGAUUAUUUGCCAUACGUGUGUACAAUAAAUGAUGACCUGGACGAGGAUGACCCCGACUAUUUAACAAAAGUCUUCAAGCCAAUCGAGGAGGGAGAAUUGCUGUAG